AGCAAAUAUCAUCAUCAUCAUCAUCAUCAUAAAGCAGUGAUCUGCUUAAAGAAGCAGAGGAGGUCGUACAAAGCGUGAAGAGGCUUUAUGGAAUAGGCGAUUACAAUUACCUCCUCUUGACGUUAAGCAGCAUACAAAGUGCUUUGAGCACGUAUCUGACUUAGCAGCACUGUCAGAGAUCACCUUCACACUUUGUCCUAAUAACAACAAUGGAUUCGAUCGAGAAUGCCGCACAUUCUCCGCGUAGAGUGGUCACACCGCCACCGGGAGCAGCAUUUUCCAUCACUUCUCCAUCACGUUCCAUGCCCGCGAUUGCUUCAACGAGCUCCGGACCUGUUCUAGCACCCAACGCUGCCGAUACAGCCAAUGCAAUGACCAUGUCUGUAGGAUCGACAAUAGCACAGCAAAGAGCAGCGGCAGGGUUAAUACAGAGAGCUAUAUCACCUCCAACACCUGCUCCUUCUCCGCAACCAGAGACGAGGACGUUACGACAAUCUAUCAUCACUACAGACAAUGCAAACGUUAUAGACUCACAAGUCGCACCUGCAAAUGAAUCUCCAUUGCUCAAGCUCUUUCUCCAAGAAUUCCCCACCUUGGAGCCUAAAGAGCGUCAUGCAUUUUUGGCUUCAUUUGUGGAUCUAUGCAAUUCGCGCGAAUUGGCACAUCUUUCUACAUUGAUCUCACCCCGACUCAAGGUUGACUUUUUAUCAGCAUUACCCAUCGAAGUAUCGUUACAUAUCUUGUCAUUCUUGGAUGACCCAAGAACAUUGGCUCGUGCAAGUGGUGUGUCGCGGUUCUGGCGUAGUUUGGUCAAUGAUGAACAAACGUGGAAAGUGAUGUGUAAAAGAUACAGGUUUAGACAGGUACCUCUAAACCCUAGCCGAUCGCAAAUGUUGGGCGUUGAAACUCCUGAUCAAACAAUGGAACCGGCUUUGACAGAAGAUGAAUAUGCAGACUUGCCUACCGAAAAUAACUCUCCAGUAGAAUCAAGUCGUGUUCUCGGCAGUCUCUAUGAGGCCUAUCGUGCCCGUGGAUUGGACCCUACAACUGCAUUGGCUGAACUGAAGACGCUUCACAGUCUCUUCUUAUCGAAGCGAGCACGCGAGAUGGGAAUGGAAGAAAGAAGACGCCAAUUACACUCACUUCAACAUGACAACGUAUUCGUGGAUAUGUUGCAAGACAAGGCAUUUGUUACACGUAUGUCUGAUAACACCAUCAGUGAAGAAGAUCGAAGAUUCUAUGAGCAGUUGGAGCUAUUUGUCCAAGAAGCAAGCACGGAGAGUCAAACAGAUGAUAUUGCAGGACCGUCCAGAACCCGUUCUCAUGAAGGAUCACAAACGGACUCCAGUGCAGUAGGAUGGCUAAGUACUGGACCUCCCUCUACCCGCACUAUGAGCGGCGAAAUCAAUGGUGAUCCUCGUACACCUGUUACAUCAACCAGUAGUCGAUACUUUAAUCCUACAUCUGCCAUACCUCUUCGCGAGAUGGGAAGGAAUCUUGUUUCGCCCACAAGUCGGUUGGGAAGCAUGACUAGCGGAUUGCUAACAAGUCUUUGGGAUAGAGCGGGCUCGAGUACGAUCGGUGGAAAUGCAGCAGAGAAUGAAUCCAAUCAACCGCCAAGUGUUGGAGAUCAUGGCCAUUCCACUGAAGGUCAUCAUGAUCCGGAAGAUGAGGAUGUCGAUAUGGCCGAAGAACCAUCUUCGUCUGCAAGAGAAGAUUCAGAAACCCUCACGCACACUCGAUCCGACUCCACAAGUAUACCACAACGUUCUGGAUCUUCAUCCUCGAAAGUCGCAGGAGCAUCAACAUCUAGACGUAAACCUCGUUUCGCACCUUUUGCCAGACCAGGAAGCGAAGAAGGGCAUGCGUCGGCAGACGCCAGCCAAAAUCUUUCGAUUGGAAUGGGAAAACCAGCUUAUGCUUCCCAAGCACACAAAAAGGCAUUACUCCGAUCGGCUUCUGCCGCAACCUCAACUUCCGAAGCAGGUCGCAGCCUUGGUGCUUUGGGUCUUGAUGCAAAUGCAAAUGACAAUACAGCAGAACCAUUCCAAUCGGCAUUGUUGCCACCGCCAAAGCGAUCUAUUUCUACUGGGCAAUUCGGCAUGCGAGCCGGACGAAAGAAUAAACCAUUCAGUUAUAAGACGCACUUUAAGCUUGCUUAUCAGACGGAAUCCAAUUGGCUCCGUGGCGGUCGUCUUUUGACACAGCAUGUUUCCUCUGAUGAUGCUUCCGGUGAAGGGGCUACCGUUACAUCACUUUCUAUUGAUGAUGAUUGGAUCAUUGUCGGAAUGGCCAAUGCGAGAAUUCACGUUUUCGAUGCCAAGACUGGCCUCUUUGUUCAAACAUUGAGUGGACAUACUGCGGGUGUAUGGUGUAUGGCAUUAAUUAGUGCUUCGGGAAAUCGCUCUAAUGCGUCGACCAAAACAAAUUCAGAAAAAGGCAAAUCACGCAAUCCUCAAAAUAUGGAAGAAGACCUUGAUACGGUGUACAUUCCUGUCCAACGUUAUGCGCCAUUCAUGGGCAUGAGAGACUUCUCUACCCCAACGCCAGAUUUGAACUUGAUCCAUCACGACCCUAGACCAGCCGCAAGUGUAUUCUCACCAGAAAUGCGAGCUGCACAAUUGGAUGCAGAAUUUUCGGAAUAUCAACGAUCUCAACCGUCUUUACCUAUGCCACACCAAAAUACCCUUUGGAACCAAGAAAGAAGUACUAGGUCCAUUCAUGAAUCUUUGCAUUCUAGUCGUACUACUCCUUCUAACGAGGACCACUUUUCUUCAUCUUUGCCAUCUGCUCAAUCCGGAUCUGCAUUCGAAGCAGCAGCAGAAGCCGCAGCUACAGCCAGAGCCGCACGAAUGGCCGGAUUUGAAGAAGAGGAAGAAGGUGCACCACGAAAUGCCAGCAAUCACACAAGCCGCGGUGCUGGUUUGGGCAGCAACUUUGGUAGUCCUUGCGGAAGCGUGGCAGGAUAUGGAAAUGAGCAUGCGAUUGUGGUGAGCAGCGGUUGUGAUCGUGACGUUCGUGUUUGGGAUCUUUCUACGGGAGAAUGCAAGUUUGUCUUGACGGGACAUCGUUCAACCGUACGUUGCUUGCGUGUCUUUGAGGGUAGACCGAUCGCCAUUUCUGGUUCGCGUGAUGGAACGAUGAGAGUUUGGAAUGUUGAGACUGGACAAUUACAACACUUGUUACCUGGACAUCAACAUAGCGUUCGUUGUUUGGAUUUGGCGGGCAAUUUGGUCGCAAGUGCAAGUUAUGAUUGUACAGCACGAAUCUGGAAUGUGGACACGGGUAAAUGUCUGCACGUCUUGCGGGGACAUUAUCAUCAAUUGUAUGCUAUUGCAUUCGAUGGUGUUCAUGUUGCAACGGGCAGCUUGGACACUACCGUACGUAUAUGGGACGCCAAGACGGGAGAAUGUUUAGCAAUCAUGCAAGCGCAUAGUUCGUUGGUAGGUCAAUUGCAAUUGACCGAUUCAACUUUGAUCACAGGAGGAAGUGAUGGAAAGGUGAUUGUCUACUCUCUCAAAACGAUGAAAACGCUGUACCAAUUAUUAGCACAUGACGAGAAUACGGUCACAUCCCUUCAAUUCGACGAUCGAUUCAUCGUAACGGGUGGAAAUGAUGGAAAAGUGAAGCUUUGGAACUUCAGAACGGGCGAGUUUGUUCGUGAAUUGUGUGAAGCAAGCGAUCAAGUGUGGAAAGUUUCGUUCAGAGACGACAAAUGCGUCGUUUUGUGUAAACGAAAUGGAAAGACUGCUAUGGACGUGAUUUCGUUCCGACCUAUUGAAGAAAGUGCAUAAACAAACUCAGAUAGUAUUUAAAUCAUUUAUCAGCAUUACUGUAUCAUGUAGCUUUACGUACAACAUUUAUUAGCAAUAUAAUCUUCUCAUUAUCUGCGAGGAGGCU